AUAAAGCCUUUUUUUUCUCUCUUUCUUUCUGCCCUUGAGCAUCCCGGGUACACCCGAGCUUGUAAAGUAGGAAGAGGAGGAGGUGGAGAGGGGGGCAAGAAGGGCGGGAACAAGCAUUUGCUCAAAGUCAAUAUUUUAUACUUUUGAUACUCCUUGACGCUGGAUUUCAGUCCUCUUUUCCCCGCCGUUGCCAGAUCUAGGACACCGAUCUACCGUGCGCAGCCAUCCACGGUGUGAUAAAAAAGUAUCCGGCAGAAGGCAAAAACAAACAGCGAGCCGGGCAGGCAGAUAACGGGAGCACAGUGGGGACCGCGGCGGGGAACGAGUACAGUGGAUGAUCGGGAGGAUCUUUUUGGCCAAAGAGGGGGACGUGCACAUACUCCAUCGCCUGGCAAAGUGCUGACCCGUCUCACGGAUGCACGUUAGAAGACAAUCAGGGGAGCUCCGUCAGUCUGAAACGUCCAAUGGAUAUACCUGAAGACGCAGCAAACUCUCCUUCCUCUUCCCCGACCUGCUCCACUGUCUGCCUGCAGGACACCGCUCUCUGAGACAUGGAUCCGCGUUAACAUCUCCCACCCAACUCCCUGCAACACUAUGGUUAAAGUGUAUGCCGAGAUUAAUCUCUGUAACAUUAUCCGCCUCUCCAUCUACCGCCCAUCUUCCUCAGGAAGUCAGCCGUCAAAACAACAAAGUGUCCCUCUCUCGGCUCUCUGGGGGCCGUCGAUAUUUGUGAAGAGACACUGAGUGAAAGUUGCCGAUACAGUGUUCUCCUGUCAUUUAGGGAAUUUAUAAGCCUGGAGGCGAGUUGUGUCACUUCACCUGCACCUCCCCAUUCACACAGUACAGCAGUAUGGUGGUAGGGAUAUCUACGAUUUCCUUAUGAUCACCGCUCCAUGCGCUUCACCUCUCCUCUGAGCUCCGUGGCCCCCUCACCCUGCGCCGGACCCCGCUCCAAACACCCCCCAGCCUGCCAUGCUCCUCCAGGCCGUAUUACUGCUGCUGCUGCAAUGCUUGGCCUCCACUUUGGGCCAGUACGAACUGUGCAAGUCCCUGGUGAGCACGGAUGAGGGCUCGGUGUGGGAGUAUUACGCGUGUCAGCCAAAAUCUGCGUCCAUGAAAGACUACAUGCGGAUCAAGGUGGAUCCGCCCGGAAUCACAUGUGGAAACCCACCGGAGAGGUUCUGCACUCUGGAGAACCCAUACCUGUGCAGUGACGAGUGUGAUGCCUCUAACCCAGACUUGGCCCACCCUCCUCAGCUGAUGCAGGACCGUGAACGCAACGGCCUUAUCACCUACUGGCAGACAGUCACAUGGAGACGUCACCCAGAGCCCUUGCUGGCCAACAUCAGUAUGUCUUGGAACAAGAGUCUGGAGCUCACAGACGACAUCCUGAUCACCUUUGAGUAUGGCCGUCCUACUAUCAUGGUACUGGAUAAGUCCAUGGACCACGGGCGCUCCUGGCAGCCCUACCAGUUCUAUGCUGACGACUGCCUGGACGCCUUCAACAUGCCACCCAAACAAGUGCGUGACCUUUCGCCCGCCAACAUCACACGGGUCAUCUGCACUGAGCAGUACUCGCGCUGGGUCGGUUCCAAGAAUGACAAGAAUGUGAAGUUUGAGGUGCGGGCGCGCUUUGCUGUGUUUGCCGGACCGCGACUACAGAACAUGGACAGUCUCUACACUCGCAUGGAAAGUAUGAAGGGAUUGAGGGACUUCUUCACCUUCACCAACCUUAGGUUGAGGCUUCUCAGGCCGGCCCUCGGAGGCACCUAUGUCCAGAGAGAUAACCUGCUCAAGUACUUCUAUGCCAUCUCAAACAUCGAGGUACCUGCCAGGUGCAAGUGUAACCUCCAUGCCUCCCAGUGCCUGCUGCAGGAUGGGAACCUCCAGUGCCAGUGUGAACACAACACAACAGGCCAGGACUGUCAGCGCUGCAAGAAGGGCUUCAAAGCCAAGUCCUGGAAGGCUGGUUCCUACCUGCCAACACCCAAUGGAACCCCCAACACCUGUACAAUUGCUGGUUCCUCCUCCGGUUCUAACUGUGAGUGCUACGGCCACUCCAACCGUUGCAGCUACAUCGACUACCUGAACAUCAUCACAUGCGUCAGCUGCAAGCACAACACCAGGGGCCAGAACUGCCAACACUGCAGACUGGGAUACUUCCGCAACGCCUCUGCUGAACUGGAUGAUGAGAGCGUCUGCAUCGAGUGUAACUGCAACCAGAUGGGUUCUGUUCAUGACCGGUGUAACGGUACAGGCUUCUGCCAGUGUAAAGAUGGUGCCACAGGGGCCAAGUGCGACGACUGUCUGCCAGGCUACUACUGGAAACAAGGCUGUUAUCCUAACAUUUGCGAUGAAGAGAUGCUCCUGUGCCAGAACGGAGGAACGUGCAACCAGAACCAGAAGUGCAUCUGUCCUCCAGAGUUUAAGGGGGUACUGUGCCAACACUCCCGCUGCGAGGCGGGCAAGGACUGCAAUGCCGCCUCUUCGCCGCACCUCUCCAUGGCCACCCUGCUGCUCUGCACUCUGCUAGCCCACCUGCUGGCCAUGUUAACUCCCCACUGAGCCACGAACCCCCACCCCACCCCUCAGACCAAGGAGUGUAUGUAUAUGUGUGUGUACGUAAGGCGAGGGGAGACCCAGAGUAGGUAGGGCCGUCCCAGCCAUGGACCCAGUGAACACACACACACACACACACACACACACACACACACACACACACACACACACACACACACACACACACACACACACACACACACACUCUUCAGCAGCACUCGCAAAAGAGCACACACACACACAACACUUACUAUCCCCGGUCACCUUUCAGACACUCAGACACACAUACACAGACACACACACACACACACACACACACACACACACACACCUCACAGGACGGUUAUGAUACCGAAUGUGUGCUCAGCUGUGAGAAGAAGGACAAACAGAGAAAAACAGGGAAUGACCUCAGAGAAAAGAGAUGCAGACGAAGGGGAAAAAAAAAAAAAAAAAAAAUCAUACCAACCACUGUUCCCUUUAUUUCUGAGCUGGAGCAAUGUGCAUCAAACCAAAAAGCAUAAACAAAACACUUAAAUCACCACUGUUUCACUUCAAAGGGAAUGGCUGUUGUAACCACAAGGACCUUUUUUUUUUCCUUUUUUUUUUUUUUCUUGGUUGAUUUAAGGAUCUCACCUCCUUAAGACUGAUGGCCAGUGUGUGUGGUCAGACUCGGUGAGAGGACAAGACACGUUGACACGACAAACAGGUCGGGAGGCGAGCUGUGCAUUUGAUCCUGCUGCUGAGGCCUACAUAGCAUAUUAACCAGGUUUCAUUUCCUCUUAAAAGAUGAGACUUGAUUUUACAUUUAUUCUAUUUCUGCUGCAUUUUUUUAAAAAAAAUUAUAUCUUCAGUCAUUGUAUCUAAUGUGCCCACUAACAGUCGCUGAGAUUAUACAUAUUAUAUAAUAUCCAGGGGGUUACGAAUUAUAAAAAUUUAGUCACUAUUAUGGUUGUUAUAGGAAUGAGUGAUUGUUGCCACACUUAGCGAGAUUUAAUCUUCACACAGUAUUCAGGAAGCAGAAUUUAAGAGAAUUUAACUUAUCAGAAGUCUAAAAGAGAGAGAAAAGAUAUCAACCACGUAUCAAUAUUAUAUGACAUUAUUUGACUAUUUUUUGUAGAAAUUAUUUUUGUUUGGAGUUACAAUAAAUUAUAAAAAAUGACAUUUACAACUAUUCCAAAUGAGCAUUUUAUUACACCGAGUGUAAACCUUGCAGUAAAUAUGACUGUUAUUUGCCUUCUUGCUUGUACUUUUUUCAUUCAAUCAAGUGUCCAUGAUUAAAUGCUGUUAACAUCUUU